AUGAAUCUCCUCUACUCGACCGUAAAUACCCUCCGCGACCGGUAUACUCCGGUCUCGCACAAGUCCACCUUCCGCCAGACCGGCCAGAUCACCCCAGAGGAGUUCGUCGCAGCGGGCGACUACCUCGUCUACAAGUUCCCGACCUGGUCCUGGGGCGACGCGGACUCCGACAGCCGCCGCGUCAGCUAUCUUCCGCCCGGGAAGCAGUAUCUCGUCACGCGCAACGUCCCCUGCAACCGCCGUCUCGACGACGACUUUGCCGGCGAUGCUGGCCAUGAGGAGGCCGUCGUCGAAGGGGCCAAGGGCGACGAUGAUGACGGCUGGCUGCGUACGGGCGGCCUGGCGAGCUCACAGCCUUUAAAGGUCAGGGAGGUGCGGACAGUGGAUGACUCGGGUAACGUUGGCGAGAGGGAGAUUGUUGAUGACGACGAGAUUCCGGAUAUGGAGGACGAGGAUGACGAUGAGGCUAUCAUCCGUGAUGCAGGAGACAACGGCAAGAAUAGCGGCCGCCGAACAUACACUCUUUACAUUAUGUAUUCUACCUACUAUCGCACACCUCGCCUCUACCUUUCGGGCUACCUCCCCGACGGACAACCACUACCGCCACACGCAAUGAUGGAUGACAUCGUUGGCGACUACAAGGACAAGACGGUGACGCUCGAAGACUUCCCGUUCUUCGCGAACAACAUCAAGAUGGCAAGUGUGCACCCCUGCAAGCACGCAUCUGUCAUGAAAACGCUUCUCGACCGCGCCGACGCCGCUCUGCGCAUCCGACGUGAGAAGCUGCGAGCCGGCAAGGCGGUGGGCGGAGACCAGGGCAUGGAGGGGCUUGUGGACGAACUCGGCAAGCUCGAUGUGAAGGACGCUCAGGCCGCCGCCGAUAAGAACGACGAGUGGGAAGAGGUUGAGCAAAGCGAGGUUUACGACCAAGAGGUUGCCAUCCGGGUGGAUCAGUAUCUGGUUGUUUUCCUAAAGGUAACCAUUUCCCCUUGUGAGCAAGAUUAUGAGGAUUUGCUGACGAUGUUACAGUUCAUGGCUAGUGUGACGCCUGGUAUCGAGCACGAUUUCACAAUGGGAGUGUAA